AUGGCAAAAGUGAGGUGCCAGAAAAGGUUGGCACUUAAUAAUAGAGGUGAAUCCAUUGAAAGAAGAAGAAGCAGAAGGGGUGUUAUGGUAAUUUGGGAGGAAUUUAUGAGGGUGGGGGGCACUAGGGUUGUGAAGGGUAUCUUGAAUGAUUUGGUGCAUGAGAAGACAAAAGAAGGGUCCCGUGAUGAGAAAAAGGGCUAA